CGGUGGGUCGCGUCGGGUCGGGUCGGGUCGGGUGGGGUCAAGAUUUGCUGCUGUUUGCCAUGGCCAAGGUGGUCUUCUUCAAGCGCCGCCAGCAACUCAGCAGCUCACACUCGUUUAUGGAGCUGCUUGCUCAUUUUGCGCUUCUCAUGGUGGUGCAGGUAGUGGUCCAUCCACGUAUUCUUCAUCUCGCUAAGACGACGAUUUUCCAGCGGGUUCUCUUCACGGUGCCAGUCAGUCACCGAAUGUAUGACCAUUGCCGUCACGUGGGGUUCCAUGAGGAUUAACUUAGCACAACUUCCGACGCUUUGGUUUGGGAUUUCUAGAGGUGUGAAGAGCAGAGAGAAUUGUAGCUCAUGUGAAGAUUGAAGCUCUGGUUGUUGGCAGCGUUACUGUUGUUGCUGGGAAGCUCAGGGUGCGGGUAACCGACGCCGAUGACGACUACGACGACGAGAUUUGCCCGUUUCUCGCAUCGGUCGUGUCUUUGAGUUGGGAUUUCGCUAGGGUUACUGUAUUGCGUGCGCAUGCACGGUGGUCGAAGAGUGAGUUUUGGGAGAUUGUCAGGUGUAUUCCAGGAUUGAGAUUCAGGUCCGCGAUGUAGAUUACGCCGCUGAUUCGUGGCAGAUCACCAGCAGUUGUAUAGUGGUUAUCGUCACACUCCCCCAACUGCAGCAAAUGAUUUUCCGUUGAAUUUCGAGACUCUCCGGCCGUUGUGACUUCUCCUUCAUCCACAUCUGGUCCCCGAAACAGCGUUCCUCUUUCCAUGUGAGCUUCGGCUCCAAUGUUUUUAAGACUCAGUGGACUAACCUCACGUUCACUGUAGCUCUGACAUUUGCGGAAAGUUUGGUGUGGACCAAUCUUUGACUCGAUUUCUGAACCCAGGAAGUUGCGGGGUGUCCGUGAGCACCCUACGGCGCACGUAGUCGCAACUUCGUGUAUAAGCACUCGUCAUGGGUGAUGGUCGGAGCGGGCGAGGUGUGCCACUGUGCCGGUAACCAUAUCGAAUUAUGUAUUCGGUGGCGUAUUACUCACUUUCACAGCUGGAACGCGCCUUGAGUUGAGCGCUUGUGGAAGUUAUGGAGCCCUCCUGCACCAUGAUGGACAUGGCAAUGGCAGGGCUCGUAGUCCACCAGACUGCUCCCCACUCGUCGUGAGUAAUUGGUUGUUGUCCCAUUUCAGUGACAUGUCGAAGGUUCUCAUGGUCCAUUUCCGAACUGACUGACAAGUCUAGGGUGUACAAUCACCCCCCUCCCAACAGUGUACGGCGAGGGGCCGUGAGUAGCUGUCACACAUUCCAGCAGAGCUCCUGGUAUUGGAGCUGAGGCGCAGCAGCGUCUUCGAUUCUUGUAGCAACACUUUAUUUGGAGUUGCAUCGGGGCGGAUUAUCCACUCAGAAACGGUUUUUUUGGACGAGGAAUCAUCUUGUGAAUGUUAGAUCCCGCUUUCUGGGCGCGCGAUCAUGUACGACCUGGACUGUUCGUGGCCAUGUCGGUGAAAGUGUGCGCGCCAGCUGAGAACCCUCCCCGUUUUCGUCAUCCGUGCAGGUUCGAGCUGAAGCUUCAGACCAACAUCUGUGGAACUUUGUGGGCAACGUUUGAGAGUGUAGUUUUUUUAGGUUUCUGAGAUUCUUGCCGAUUGCCGAUGCUUUGUACCAACGCAGCGGCUCGGUUGAGUUCAAGGCAAUGCACGGAAAUUGCGGCUGUAGGCUAGGUUUUGGAAGGUGGCCGACAGAAUUGACCGCGCCAGCCGUCUCGUCUGGUUGGUGUCUUACGAUGUCGAGUGCGCAUACGUUUUGAUUGAAGAAGGCAGUUGGCAAGGCGGAGUUUCAGUACAUCGCAAUGCUGGAAUGCAAAAGGCACCCCUCGGAAUCACAACCCAGUGGUAGUGUAUGCGCCCGCUGCUUGGAAGAUAGGCUAAUAUGGCUAUGGAGGGGGAAGAGCUUUCAUCUCGAAGAUUUGGAUCAAGUUCUGGCGCCAUCAGCGGCGGUCUCAGAUGAAGCACUUCCUUCCUGUUCGGAUGCUCGCCCCUGUGUCGAAAGUGAAGAUAUCUCAAUAGCUAAAUUUAGUGCAGAGGAACAGUUACGAGUUAGUGAGGCAUCGCCGCCGGCGCCGCUGCCGCCGCCGCCGCCGACGACGACGACUGGGGAUUUGCAACAGGUUUCGAUUGAUGUUCGAAGUGGGGAUCAGAGGGAUGACGGUGUAGAUGAAGGCAUAUGUCACGGCGGCGAUGCAGGUGCCGGGAAGUCGCAUAAUUCGAAAGACAUUAUAGUCAAAUGGGUGGAGUUUCAAGCAAGACGACGGAAGAAUUUGGGGCAAGGACUUGAAGUCGAGCUGGCCAGUCAACGAGACUCUCCAAAGGAAUACCCGAAGGCCAAGAGACGGAGCUUUGAUUCACUUGACUCUGUAGAGCCAUCGUAUCCUUCGAGCGAUUCCAUCAUGCACACGGAAGACAUUGUGGCUCGUUUGUCAGCUGAGGCUAAUCCUCGAUUUAAUGUCCUCUUAGAUGCGCAGAAAAUGCCACGGUCGCUGUCAUGUCCCACCGACAGAAGGUCUCGCGCCGAAGGCACAGCUCUGAGAGUAAUUAAAGGGCAGGCCGACGACUCAUACUUCGAAAACAUGUCGCUAUCGUUGCCCCUGGGCUCUUGGUCCAGCGCCGAAGACACAGCUCUAAGAGUAAUCAAAGAGCAGGCUGACGACAUGUGUUUUGAAGACGAAAUGUUGAGAUUCGGAUUCUAUGACAUUGAUCACGACCGCGACUGCGGUGGUGAGAGCUUGAAUGACAACAUGGCGGGGCAAGGAUGCUUUAAUCCCAAAUUGCAAAGCACGAAGAGCCCCAAAUGGGUGAAAGUGCUGGCCAGCCCCAUGACGUCGAGAAACCGGGUGUUCCCCAGCAGCCGGUCGAAGGACGAUGUCAGGAAAAGUCGAGGCUCAGGGAAGCGAGCUGCGCGAUUUUCUUCGUCUGAUUGGGGUCGUAAAGAAGAAAACGAUGAAGUAUCACAGCAAGAGCAGCGCACUGUGUUUUCGUGGCUGCAGGAUGCAGACACAAGGUCGCAGCUGAGGAGACGCGAGCAAAGGGGCCAGCGGGUGACGUCGUCGUCAUCUUCAUCAUCUCGAACAAACUCUGCGAGCAUGGAUUCAUGGCUGAGAAACCUCACCACCGUGGGCCACUUGCACGAGAUUGCGGAGGAGCUUGAGAUCGUGGACGAGUCCAGCGAAGAAGAAGAGGAAGACGAGCUCUCUUCCGAUCGAUUAGAAAACAUGUCGUCCUUCGCUAAAUUCCUUGUCGUCGCUGCACAGCGACAACCAAAAGCAGGUCUAACGAGGCUUGAAAGUGCGAUCUCCAGUGGACCCAAUUAACGUAAUUCACAUUCUCACCUCGUUUUCGUCUCCACUGACGAAAAGCCCCCAAGUUUGUAGCAUAUCGGUUUAGGGUUCUGUAGCAACAGUUUCUGUGGAAGAACGGACUGAAACCCUAAUCCUAAUAUUUUCUGACUGACACCCUGUCGGCCGAACAACUGGAAUACUACAGUGUAGGAAUGUACGAAGUCCUGGAUAAUAGAGUUGAAUUCUUGUGUGAU